CGCAUCGUUCGACGUGAAGAUCUGUUACGUAACGAGCACUCGAAAAUGGCGGCGGUGUCCGCUUCGCAUCAAUGGAUCAAGGAAUGACGUUGUUGGGAAAGAUAAGAGGAACGGUCUGCGUAUGGCUGGAGAUACCAAGUGGAUAGCGUCAUCGUGUGCCUCUAGAGCUGCAGAUACGAUGCUAUAUAAGGGAUGGAAGAUUGGGCAGACAGCCUUCAGCUCUCAACCCACAGCACCGGAACUCACGCCAACAUGGCCAACACCGCUACGAAUCUCAACGAGUCUGUCUCUAGCCAAAGAUCCCGCACAAUAUCUGACCCCUUCAUUCUACAGCACCAGCAUGUCCCCCCAGGGUGUCCAAGGGGCCUAUCCUGGUGUCCAGAAUGUCAUUGAGCCUUCUGAGCCCGCCGAAACCUACGUCAAGUCCACUGGCCCGCCGCGAGAUGUGAUCGAGGGCAAGGAAGGUGUCAUUGAAGGGAGUGAAUUAGCACCUCUGGGUGAAGACAAGAUUGCUAGUGACCCUGGACUGGUCACCGCAGCGACCGCUAUGGCCAAGAAAGCCUAUAGCGCCGUCGCGGGGGAGCAAUGAGCGCGGGGUCAAUGUUGAGAACUGAAGAACGACGUUUGAUGUCGAGUUGUAUAGUAUAAAGUCCCGGUAUGAU